CUAGUAAUCGUGACAAUACUAAUCCAUGUCCUAGUCUUGGAUGGCUUCCUGUUAGGUCGAAGCCUAUCUGUGCAGAUGGAAAAGGAUGGGAAGGCCAGGCCAGUGUGAACUCGCUGGCAUAUCUAUUCCACACUCCUGUUCAACACUCGGAAGAAAAAUUGCCACUCUGUAUGACAGCUUUACUAGUAAAUCAUUAAAAGAACACAUUUUUCCUCCUCUGAUGGACAUGCUAAUUUUUUUAAAUUUUUUCAAAGCACCGUUUCUUGUGGAUUUAAAGAAGCCAGAGUUAAAGAUCCCUCACACAGUGAACUUCUACAUCAGAGCUGAACCUGGGGUGACUCUGGGCAUCUGGCACACGGUCCCCAGCUGCCGGGGGGAAGAUGCCAAGGGGAAGGACCGUUGCUGGUAUGAAGCGGCCCUUCACGACGGCAACCCAAUUAUUGUUUAUCUUCACGGCAGCGCGGAGCACAGGGCAGCUCCUCACAGACUGAAGCUAGUAAAGGAGCUGAGUGACGGUGGCUUCCACGUCUUGUCUGUGGACUACAGAGGGUUCGGGGACUCUACAGGGACGCCCACUGAGGAGGGACUGACGGCCGACGCUAUCUGUGUCUAUGAGUGGACUAAGGCGAGAAGCGGCACCACCCCCGUGUGCCUCUGGGGCCACUCUCUGGGGACAGGAGUUGCAACAAAUGCAGCAAGAGAGCUGGAAGAGAGAGGAUCCCCAGUUGAUGCUAUUGUCCUAGAGGCUCCAUUUACCAACAUAUGGGUUGCAAGCAUCAAUUAUCCCUUGUUAAAGAUUUACCGGAAACUUCCAGGAGUUUUACACACGCUUAUGGAUGCCCUGAGGAAAGACAGAAUAGUGUUCCCUAAUGAUGAAAAUGUUAAAUUCCUGUCUUCUCCUCUUCUCAUCUUACACGGUGAGGAUGACAGGACGGUGCCUUUGGAGAUUGGAAAACAGCUCUAUGAAACUGCACACAAUGCAUACAGGAACAAAGAGAGGGUCAAGAUGGUGAUCUUUCCCCCUGGCUUCCAACACAACUUGCUUUGUAAAAGCCCCACGUUGUUAAAAACCGUGAGAGAUUUCCUGAGCAAGCAGUGGGCAUGAGGUCUGAGAGCAGAGGAGAUCUUCAGCGAAGACUUGGUCCAAACCCCACCUGUGAUGCGUAUUUUUAUGUAAAAUUAUACCGGGCUGCUUGGAUGAGCUGACGUCAUUGGCAUUUCUACAAGUUCCUUGUAGGGAUUUUGGUACUCGAAAGCAUAGCUGUCGGGCGGUGUGGAACGUUCUCAUUUAGCUGUCAUAUCUACUUUGUGGAACAUGCUGCAAUUCACUGUGGAGAAUCGGAAUCUGGUAAAAUUGGAUCCCAUCUAAAAAUGUGUAGUUACCAAACAUCCUGGGAUAUUUGUGAAUAAGAUGGUCUUUGGUUUGGACUUAGCGGUGUAAGAAAUGUAGUUAAAUAGUUUGUAUUUUAGUUUGAUAGUUUAAAUGGCAUUAAAAGUUCUAAGCAGUUUUCUAGCUUUCCGAACAGCACUGGGGAAAGUUCAAGCACGCUGCUCAAUCUGUGAUAAAAUAAGAAGUUUUGGCGCUCUUGUGGUCCUUGGAAAUUGAUACUUUAUUUUUAGCCCUAAUACAGUCAUAUGCUUCCCCCCAAUUCCCAGAGAUACUUAACUGGAUUAUUAGCCAAUAAAGCAAAAUCAAAGAAUGUCGUAAAAAUGUUCGAGUCCA